CUUAGAGUACAGAACUUGUAUUAUUCAAUCACACAUGUAACCUAAGAAAUCGAUAUAAUUUUACAAAUGAGUAUUUGUGAUCAAAAUCAUCUUGCAACGUAGUGUACCUUAUCUUAAAAAGUACUUUUGUCAAGAGGUUAUACAACUUACCAAUUUCGAUUGUUUUAAAUACACAUUUUGAAACACUAAUGGAAAUCUAAACAGAAUGAAAGACAUCCGGAGGAGGAAAAGAAAAACCAAGCCUGGACACCCAUUCAUCCCUCUAGUUAGGGAGUUUUGGGGAGCGUUGCCUUACAGGAAUAAACCAAAAUAUAUAGAGUCCCCGGUGUCGAAUGUUCUCAUUUAUGACUACGACUACUGUAGACCAUGUGUCAGUGACUUUGACUGUACCAGGGAGGUUCAAGCGAUACAGCUGCGUGAACGCCGUAGACGACUGCCCGACCUCAAGUACAACUUCCUGAUCGGAGGGAUGGGGCGAGUGUACGAAGGACGUGGAUGGCAUAUCAGACCUCAGGUUGACGAACAACAUGCAGACAUAGAGGACGACUGCCUCUUGAUAGCCUUGAUUGGCAAAGAAAUAGACGAAGAGUUCGGCACCCGCAGGAAGAUGAGGUUCAAGAUGAUGCGGGGUUUGGAGGAGUUCCUAAGAUUCUCAGUGGAGCACCGCUACAUUUCACCAAACUUUCUACAAUACAACGCCAGCAGGACCUCUCGGCAAGGAGCUGUGGACAUACCAGACCACAUUCUCAAGAUGAUGGCCAAACCUGAGCCGAGACCUAAACUUAUGUUCUAAACCCUCCAAAAGUCUAGAGUUUGCUGCUCACAUGCGUUUAUAGGCUAGAAAAAGGUGAAGGGAGUAUUUCUCCCAAGUGUAUGGGUUUUGUUCGGACGAGUAACGA